CCGGAAACAAAAUGUCAGCCCGCUGUUGCGAUUAGAGCUGAUCUCAGAGCAGUUUACCAACCUUGCCUGAUGUUGUCGUUCUCUCAACACCCCUUCUGCUGAGUCGAAACCACUUUGGUCGUUUGCAUUUUAUGUUUUUGCCUGUUAUCAUGACCAUCACAAACGGUGCUUGUUAACCGCCACCUCGGCCCGCACUCUGACGCCAGAAAUCUUCCGAGGAGCACAAGAAUGGAAGAGAAAGCCUUGGAAGUUUAUGAUGUGAUCCGAACCAUUCGAGACCCGGAGAAGCCCAACACGCUGGAGGAGCUGGACGUGGUGACAGAGAAAUGCGUGGAGGUCCAGGAGCUGAGCCACGAUGAGUACCUUAUCAUCAUCAAGUUCUCCCCGACCGUUCCGCACUGCUCCCUGGCCACCCUCAUCGGUUUGUGUUUACAAGUCAAGCUGCAGAGGUGUCUGCCCUUCAAACACAAACUGGAGAUUUACAUCAGUGAAGGAACACACUCCACUGAAGAGGACAUCAACAAGCAGAUCAACGACAAGGAACGAGUGGCAGCAGCCAUGGAGAAUCCAAACCUCAGGGACAUCGUGGAGCAGUGCGUCAUCGAACCUGAUGACUGACAUAACACGUUCUCCCGGUGUGUGUGUGUGUGUGUGUGUGAAGUUGUGAGUAUAGCCUGUACAGUGUGUGUGUGGUCAGGGGAGGCGCAGCCUCACCAUCAUGUGAAGAGUAUAUAAAAUUGUUUUCCAUUUUAAUUCUCUAUGUACUUUAUUUUGAUUUUGAAUAAUAAUUUCAUAAUUGAAGCUGCUGAAUUUGCCUAUGUCUUGUAUAUCCUGUUCAAAUACACGCAUGCAAUGGCAAGUUCUUCCCAAAAGCAGAUAUAGCACCUUUCUCCACCACAUGCACAACUCCUGGACUGCUUGUCAUCUUUUUGACUGAAAGGGAUUUGAUCCAGACAGUACCAGAGAUGACAAAGUUACAUACUCUAUCUUUAUCCUCUAGCUUGCAUAGUGAUUUGUGUUCUGAUCAAGGGUUUAGUAGCCAUUGGGUAAUUCAGGCAACUCUCAAAUGGCAGUUGUUUUCCAGGCUAGCAUUUUUUCUUUAUUUUUUAUGGGCCCUAAUUCCUGAAUUCUUCCAAUAUAAUUCCAAAUACACACAGCCAUCUUUUCACAAAAUAUAAUUAGAGACCGUUAUACUGGUCAACAAAUACUCGAUCAGUGGGAUACUGUAGAUUGCAGGCACAACAGGGGCAUCGGCCACGUGCACGCCAAGGCGCUGCAGCUCACACGGCUGGCCAAGUGUGCUUGGCCAAAGUAGUACCGUGCAAGACACAGCAAAAAGAAAGUCUGCAGGCAAUUGAACAUAGGAAAAUUGUGUUGCUCAUUCCUACAUUAUGGUGUUGCGUUAACAUAUUAACGCUGUCUGGGUAACGCGUUUUAAUUGUCAAUUUAGUUGGAUGAUUGCUGAAUAACGGAAUCAACAGAGGGACAGCAAUUUAUAGUUGGAAAGGAAUACGUGUGGUGCUAUAAUAUUCUAUCAACAAACUUUCAGCACAGCUCCCUUGAAAUGAGAUGCACGAUAAAGAAGAAAUAUUUAGAUGAAGAGCCCCGAGAGCCGGAUUUAUUUUAAGUCAUCAAUGAGUAAUUUAAUGAUUUCUAUUUCGGAAGUGCCACAAGUAGAGAUACACAACAGCUUCGAAAUGACGUGACCAUUCAUCAUAGGUUCAUGAAAAAGAAAAAGAAGAAAAAAAACAACUUGUAUUCAGUUUAUACAGUCAAACCUUUUACCACCUUUAGCCACAAGAUGGUGCUGUAAGCUUCGACAUGGCAAGUGACAUUGAACUUUCUUUCCUGGUCCACGGAUGAUGGCGUAAUAGAGACCUGUAGAUGUUUCAACUCAAUAUGUUUUCAUUUUUUUGAAGUCCAGACAUUCAAGGGUUUCUUUUUGUCAUUCCAGUCUCCAUUGUGUUGUAUAAUGUGAAAGAAACUCAAGGUUCACUUUUUCGUAA